CCACUGCCGGCGGCUUGUUUUGGCUGUGCCAAUCGUGACGAUCCCAUCUGGCAUCGCAGACGCGCCCGCACGCGCUGAGGACCUUGAUUGCCGCCCACCCCGCGCAUGUGCAGGAAACAAACAGCCUCUGCAAACGCAAGGCGCGAUGAGUUGAGCGUCGCCUGAGAUGAGGAGAAUGGUGGGAGGAACAAGACUCACGUCCCAGGCACUGCCCGCUUUGCACGGACGGAUUCUCGUCCUGCCUGCUCGGUGGUGCCGUGCUCCCAACUCCUCUGCAAAUCCGAUUUCUGAUCCUUGCAGUUCCAGGUAUGCAGUCCGAGCACAAGGCGCACACUGACAGGACACGGCACCGUGUUCACGCUCAAAUGGUUGCGUGGCGACGCUGCUAUUGGACUGGCAACGUCUCCGCCUCCCUUGUUCACAAUGCGCACAGCAACCGAGACCCAACUUAGCCCGAAGGAUCCAAAACGAAAGGAUCUAAAUGCUCAUCGAUUAUUAGAUGGAGAGGAGCAUGGGGUGGCGAUGGUGGCAUGAAUUUCUUUGGGUCCACGGCUUCCGAAGGAUCGCCCGUUGGUCUGGGGCGGCAACUCCACCAGAAGCGAGUUGUCUUGAAUCCUUCAGCCUUAACGGAGCUGUCAAAUGAAUUCGCUGGGCUCGAUAUCCCGAGACCACUAGCGCCCAGAAACUGCACAUUGCGAAGCGCUUUCAAACUAGCCGUGCAUGACCUUGCAGGACAAGCUGUAGUCAGCCAGUGUGCGAUCGGCUGCGUUUACCGCACACCUCCACGCUUGUGUUUCGACGGCACUUUGCAGAAACAGAACAAGACUAACAAGUUCACCGCGGGUUGAGCCAGUUAUCUGAGGCGCUCAUAUCGACAGGCGUCGAAGGCGGGAGUCAGCUAACCUCUGGUUUUUUUUUUCCUUUUUUAUGGCUC